GCGUCCGCCCCCAUCGGCCCUUUCACUGCUGCAGCUGGCUGCCUCUCGCUGCUUACCGUCUGCUCACUGCAAUCUGUGCUGGAGAGGCCAUAGGAGCAGCAGCUUCAGUAUUAAACCCGGCCUACAGACGCUUAUGACGCUCGCCACCAAAGAACACAAAUAACACGAGGUAAGUCUAAGUGUACUGACAUGUGCGAUUUAAAUACAAUCUAUAUUAUGUAGUCGCGCCGCUUAAAAUGAUCUCGAUCCGCGAUGGUUAAAUCGCAGCGCGGUCGAUUUCGAAAAGCGGCAUGUUUGCGGAAGUGACCGUGCGGUCCAUGUUUAGCCGCCCUUGUUAUUUGCCUUUACAUGUCAUGUGUGUGUGUUUCCAAACUAUAUUUCACUCUCACGUGCAUUUUUCGACACGGUAAGCGUUCGGAAAAGUUGAAGAUGCUGUUUGGGUUGGCGAAGUUGACUAGCCAGCGGACCCGUUUGAAAAAUCAAAAUGGCUUCCAUCUUUGUCGUCUCAGCAGAGAGGUUUAUACCUUUGUUUCCCCGUCUCGCAUGUCAGGGAGUCUGUGAGUAACCUCCUUUUUAUAUUUAUCUAGUGGAUUAUUGUCCAUCGAACCUUCGAAUGAAGAGUUUGGGUGUUUAUUUCACUGGUUUUUAUUUUGUUACUUACCCAGUAGCGCACUUUUUGACCACGUCAGUGCGGUGGGGGAGGGGAAGUGAGUCUGUCUGGGUGGAGCCUGUAUGAUACGUUCACUGUGGAUGAAUUAUCCAUUGCCCUCUUCGCUUGCUGGGAUGUCACCCAUGCUUCAGGCUCCUGUAACCCUGGUUGGCUGGCCACGGAGACAGGGAGUCCUCGUCUCAGUACUGUGGCUCUCCACAUUAGACUUUCUGUUUGGGGCUAAACAUGUUCUCCAAGGGCACCAAGCGUAAGUUUUCCGAUGGUGAUGAAGAGAUAUCCGAAGAAAGCCUGGUAGGUGCCAGGGUGGCAUCUUCGUACAGCUUGCAACGGCAGUCGCUGCUGGACAUGUCCCUCAUUAAGCUGCAGUUAUGCCACAUGCUGGUGGAGCCCAACCUCUGCCGCUCGGUUCUCAUUGCCAACACAGUCCGGCAGAUUCAGGAGGAGAUGACCCACGAUGGCAGCUGGCAUAUGGUCACUGAAGCAUUCUGUGGUCCAGGUCAGAGUCCCUCCGAGCGCUUGGUGGCCACUGAGGUCCUUUGUAGGUCGCGAGAGCAGGAUGCAGAACCUAAACUCUUUUCUGUCAUCAGCUACGAAGGUUGCCGUGAAGAGGAGGUGGUAGCUGAUGAGACGCUGUGCUCGGUUUCAGUCAGCGAUACUGUCUCUAAUGUGUGCCUGGCAGGGCGUAUGGGCCAGUGCUGGGAGAAGAGUGAGCUCAGUGGUGUAGAGAGGGAUGAAGAGGCCCUUGAAGACUCUAAACUUGGUUCAGGAGAAGAUGAGGAGAUAGACACCGAGGAUGGGGCUUCUACAGAGAGUCCAAAGACCAUUGGACAAGUUUUUGGAACAUUUGAAAUAAAAAACGGUUCCCCGGGUCCAGACUCUGCUCUCGAAGAGCUGUUCUCUGAUGUAGACACCUCCUACUAUGAUCUGGACACCAUGCUGACCGGCAUGCAGAGCGCACCCAAGAUGGGCCCUUAUGACCUCCUUGACAGCUUGGCACCGUCACACAGUUCCCCUUCCAUAGUAUCCACCCCGAACUGUCGUUCUGAUCUCAAUGAACUGGAUCACAUCAUGGAAAUCAUUGUGGGUUCUUAGGUUCGACCUUAUUCAGAGACUUACACGCUUGUCUUAAUGUUACUGGCUUUUCUGUUCCUUAUGGAAAGCAAGUAAAGUCUGGAGUCCUUUCAGGGAAAAGAGUUGAUGUCUUUUGAUGGAUGGCCUUGAUUUUAUGAGCUGACCAUAGUCAUCUUAUUUGCAUACCCUUUGUAUGUUUUAAUGAUUUCUUCUGUAUUUGUCUGUCCAGACAUGCUGUUUUUUAUUUAAUUUAUUUGUUAUACUCAUGACACUACGGAGAGCAGAACAAGAUGUAUACAAAAGUUGUACAGCUUGGGAUAUUUUCAUAAGGAGACAAAAGAUUGUCUAAAUGUGUAUAUAAAUUAUAUAUUUUUUACAAUAGAUUCUUCUUGUAAUAUGUUACUGUACAUUAUGUACAUGUUCUACAAAUUGAUUUUAACCGAAGAGAUUAGAUUCUUAUGUGCAACAACUCAACAAGUUUUCUGUUUAUCAAAAUCCAUAAACUGAAGGAACUUAAUUCAGUACUACAAUAUACAAAAGGCACCAAGUAUACAUACGAUGAUGCAUGUUUUACAUUUAUGUGCUGAUUUGCACAAAGUAUUUUUUUUUCCUCUCAAGGUUUGAUUGCAGUUGGCUGUCAAUCAGCUCAGCCGUAGGUUUUGUUUGUUGUUAGAUGUCAAAGUUCUUAUAUUUUGUCUUAUCAACAAAUGAAGUAUAAUGGGGCCAACCCAUUUUAUAUUGUGACUUAAUUUAUUUAAUUUAUUUACUGCAAACGGUGAGUGUUGGCUGUGGUCAAACUCAGGGUGGGUUUUUAACUCUAGAGGACUUAGUAGGCCUGAUUCACAAAAGCCUUUUGCACGUAGUAAAUCGGUCACAGAAUUAGUGCUUUGUGAGUUGUUUUGCACCAAUUAUUGGUGUAAGUAUUGAUUUGAAAUAAGUUAACUGUUUUAAUAUUGGUGAUUGGCCUAAGUAUAUCAGUCUAUUAGUCCUCUAGACCCCUCGUAACGAGAAGGCAUUUGUCUAGUUCUAUGCAUUGAGUGUCAUAACACACUUUAUACGUAUGAAGUGUUUAAAAUGCAUUUAGUACAGUAUUCUUUUUUUAUACUUAAGAAUCAGUCAACAAGAGAGGGUUUUAUUUUGCUCAACAUUUUCCCCCAGUUGUUACAUAUAUAUAUAUAUAUAUAUAUAUGUAUAUAUAAAAUUUGGUUUUGUCUAAAUUUUUGCAUAAACUAUGUUUGUGCAAAUUAUAGGUUAUUACACUUUGAUAAUUGUUUUCUUCUACAUUGUCUCACACUUAAAUUCUAAGAGGAUGUUGUUUAUUGUAUGAUCUUAAACUAGUAUAGAGUAUAAACAUUUUAUAUGAGCAUUGUAGCUUUUUUAACGUUUUUUAAUAAAA